GCGGCCGCGAUGUUGGGAGGCCAGAGAGCGGCUGCGCAGAGGACGGCUGGGGGGCGCUGAGGGGUGAGGGAGGUAGCGGGAGCGCGCGGGAGCGCGCCACCUCUACCUGCGUGCGCCCGCGCACACACGAGCGCGCCUUUUUCCCCGCGCGGGGGAAACCCGAAACGAAAGAAAACCCUCUCAGAAAGGGGCGGACGCGAAAUGCGACUUUGAGCCCGUCCAUCUGCCUCCUCCUUCGGGAAGUUAGAGCCAAACUUCCGCGGAGUGCGAGCCUCGCAGGAGAGAGACUCUGGCGCCAAGUGUGGAGUCGCCCCCCCUCACCUCACCUUGAGCCUGGCAGCGGGGAGAAACCUGUAGGGGGGAAACCCCGAAGCAGGUCGUAUUAUUUUAUAGCUGAGACCCAGUUGGUUGUCAGGUGCUGGAUUCAAAGCUGGAAGAGUCUAAUGAAGUUUUUACUGGGAAGAAGCAUAAAAAUGUUGCCUGUUCAUUUAUUACAACCCCCCAUCUCUCUCUGAAUGAUUUGGAAGACAAGUCUAUAAAAAAAAGCAGGACGUUGUUUCCCAAUUUGAAUGUUGCAUAGUAUCAUGCCUAGCAGAAUGGGAUCGAAAAUGAACAUGAGGAGAGACUUCAUUAGAGUAAAAACUCAUUACAAUGGGGACAUCCUUAUCACAAACUUGGGUGCAUCAAUGAACUAUGAUGAACUUUGUGAUGAAGUGAGAAAAAUGUGCAUUUUAUCACAGGAACAACCAAUUACCCUGAAGUGGAUUGAUAAUGAAGGUGAUCCAUGUACCAUUUCAUCUCAGAUGGAACUGGAAGAAGCCUUCCGUUUGUAUUGUCAAUACAGGGAUGAAGGGCUUAUUAUUCAUGUCUUCCCCAGCAUUCCAGAACAACCAGGCAUGCCGUGCCCAGGAGAAGAUCAAUCAAUCUACCGGCGGGGAGCCAGAAGAUGGAGGAAGCUGUACCGAGUGAACGGGCAUCUGUUUCAAGCCAAACGCUUUAACAGAAGAGCAUACUGUGGCCAGUGCAGUGAAAGGAUAUGGGGUCUGGGAAGGCAAGGAUACAAGUGCAUCAACUGCAAGUUGUUGGUCCAUAAACGCUGUCACAUUCUUGUCCCACUGACCUGCAAAAGGCAUAUGGAUUCUGUGAUGCCUUCCCAGGAACCUCAAUUAGAUGAUAAGAAUGAUGAAGCUGACGUCCCUACAGAAGAAACUGAUGGAAUAUCUUACAUUUCUUCAACUCGGAAACAUGAUAAUAUUAAAGAUGAUUCUGAGGAACUCAAGCCAGUUAUUGAUGGAAUGGAUGGGAUCAAGAUCUCUCAGGGGCUUGGCCUACAGGACUUUGAUCUGAUCAGAGUUAUUGGGCGAGGAAGCUAUGCCAAAGUUCUUUUAGUGCGGUUAAAAAAGAAUGAUCAAAUUUAUGCAAUGAAAGUUGUAAAGAAGGAAUUAGUUCAUGAUGAUGAGGAUAUUGAUUGGGUGCAAACCGAAAAGCAUGUGUUUGAACAGGCAUCCAGUAACCCUUUCCUAGUUGGCUUACAUUCCUGCUUUCAAACAACAAGUCGGUUGUUUCUUGUUAUAGAAUAUGUGAAUGGGGGUGACCUCAUGUUUCAUAUGCAACGGCAAAGAAAACUCCCAGAAGAACACGCAAGGUUUUAUGCUGCUGAAAUCUGUAUUGCUCUCAACUUCCUCCAUGAGAGAGGCAUCAUCUACAGAGAUUUAAAACUGGAUAAUGUUCUCCUGGAUACAGAGGGUCAUAUCAAGCUAACAGACUAUGGCAUGUGUAAGGAAGGAUUGGGCCCUGGUGAUACUACAAGCACUUUCUGUGGAACGCCAAAUUACAUUGCCCCGGAGAUCCUCCGAGGAGAAGAAUAUGGAUUCAGUGUGGAUUGGUGGGCCCUUGGGGUCCUCAUGUUUGAAAUGAUGGCAGGAAGAUCUCCCUUUGAUAUUAUUACCGACAAUCCAGAUAUGAACACUGAAGAUUACCUCUUCCAAGUUAUCCUUGAAAAACCAAUCCGAAUUCCACGAUUCCUUUCUGUUAAGGCCUCUCAUGUUUUGAAAGGAUUUUUAAAUAAGGAUCCCAAAGAGAGGCUUGGAUGCCAACCCCAAACAGGAUUUUCUGAGAUCAAGUCACACACAUUUUUCCGCAGCAUAGACUGGGAUCUGCUGGAAAAGAAGCAAGCCACCCCACCAUUUCAGCCUCAGAUCACAGAUGAUUAUGGCUUGGAUAACUUUGACACCCAGUUCACCAGUGAACCGGUGCAGCUGACUCCAGAUGAUGAAGAUGUAAUAAAAAGAAUAGACCAGUCGGAGUUUGAAGGAUUUGAAUAUAUUAACCCGUUGAUGCUAUCAACUGAGGAAACAGUAUGAGAAAGAGGCACAGAGAAAAAUGUGAAUGCACUUGGACAUUUAAUCCUGAACUACAGUAUAUGCAUGCAAGGCUGGGGGUAACCAUAAGGUUCUGAAUGGAGACCAAUGAUAAAACGGCCGCUGAGAAAAAUCAAAACACAUGAUUUGGGUGGGUGGCUUCCUCUCUUUUUUUUAAGUCUGGGGGAACUGGCAGAGCUGGCUUCAUGAAGAAUGCCGCACUUCGUGCCUGCUUCAACAAGGGGUCAGUAACGGUUGUUGCAUCCUGGGGAGAGAUUCCAGACGGCUUUGAAAGUAACUCACUUUUAAUGGACAUUUCCAUGCAACAGCCUCCUAGAAUGGUGGAACAUCCAGAAUACAAUUGCUAGUGAUGUUGAAGCUUUCUUUAGAUGCCUUUUUUCACAAGUGGUACCUAUCCUAAACGUCUGUGUGUGUGCGUGGGUAUGCACGUGUGUGUGUACAUACAUAUCUAUGUAUGCACACACGGAUACACACACUUGGUAAAUAAAUAGAAAGGAGUUGUGUUUUAUUAGCAAUGAUAACAAAUUUGGGUACAGUGUUUAAGUGCCUAAAUGGAUAAACUACAUUAAAAUAUUCCAUAUUUGGAACAUUUGAUGAACCCUGUAAGUUCUGGUUAUUUAAAAAAAGGAAAAGUAUUUUACACAUGGAACCUACAACUAACAGCUGCUAUCUAAUAUUCAUAAUUGUCUGCAUAGAACUUUCAGAAUGGACAGGAAUCUUAGCAAUAACAAUUCCAAAUUAGAAUUUAGCAUCUAAAAAAUUUGGAUUAUGCUGAAUGUGGGAGAAAAAAAAUACUAUGAAAAUCUCAUCCGAAAAUUUAAAUUUGCACAUGGUGGAUUUAUGAAAAUACUUGAGCAGUGCCUACAAUGACUUAUGUUGUAUACUAGAUUUUUGAAUAAUAUUUUUAUCAAUGCAAUAUUCAAAAGGAACAAUAGGAACGUAAUAGAUCUUAGCCUUAAAAGAAUUCUAGGAUAUCCAUCAACAUACUACAUUUUUUUUCUGAUAAAGCACACCUCCUACUUAAAAAUGACUGCUUUGAAAUGUUUGCCGUGUAUCACCGAUUAGCUCUCCCAGAGAUCGUCUUGAUAAAUGAAACACUAUCAAAGCAGCAACUUCGUGAUGGGAAAAGGGACCACAGAUAUAAAUGCUAUAUGGAUAUAAAAAUGUCCAUAUUUCCUCUUUGGAGAACUGUGGGGUGUUUCAUCAGGCUAAUUGCUUGUCAGUUUUUGGAAUUUAAAGAAAAUUCAGUGCAUUUCAGAUUGAACUAGUGCAUAUUGCUAAUCUAAUACAGUAACCCUUUCCAAAUUCGAUUGGGUCAGUUGCAGUUUUGGAGAACAACAUUCUGCAGCAGGUAGAAAAAUGCCACAUGUCACGAUUUGGUAGACGUCAAAUGACUUGCAACCAUUUCUACGCUGCUUCUCUCGUCUGGGUUUCUCAGAAUAUAACCCUGCAUUGGCUGCUGCACAGGAAACCUUAGUUGCGUUUGCAGCCGUGAGAUGCUAGGAUAAGACGGCCAAAUCUGAAAGACUGAUAAAUCUGGCAAAGAACCAUUGAUUGCAAUUUUGUUUUGGACUCUUCCCUUCCCUUGGCCACUAAUUAAAGCACAUGUAUGAUAACAAAAUGUUAGCACUCCCAUGCAGAGUUCUUGAAACUCGCUGUUUUAUUUUGAGCAAGGUUCUUAGUUCUAUUCUAACCAGCACUUAGUAAUUCAGUCAGUUACUUUCCUCAAAUGCUUGGGGUUUAAAUAACCAAGAUACCUAGUUGAGAAGUUCUUUGCUUUUAAGCAAUCCCUGAAAAUACUUUUGAGUAUCCUAUUUUUUUUCCCCCUUCUCAGCGACCAAUUCAGUAUUCCCUGACUUGUCUCUCUCUUCCCCUUGGAUUUACAGCCGAGCAGCUGGUUUUGCAGGGCCAUGUGACCACCAAAUGCCAUCUGAUUCUGGGGCAAAGGGUUUGCCAAAACCGUGAGAAAGAAUACUUUGCUCUGAACUUGUAUACUGUCAGAACAUCAGAGCAGGACUAGGACGUGGAUACACACUUGAUCAACAGGCAUAAAAAACAAGUCCUUGAUUUAUUUACAAUUUAAGGCAUUUACAAUGUUGCUGUGUUGCCAAAUAAGUUACUGGUUACAAGUUGGUUGCUGCUCGUGUGCAAUGUAUAAUGUUCUGUCCAUGACGAAGGGGAAAUUUUUUUAUAUAAAGUUCUUGUUUUAUAAAUUAAAGAAAAAUGAAGGAUGUAAUUAAAUGUGUGGUUUAAAAAAAAAUCCUAAUAUAUUGCAAAUGGAGCUGGUAAUGAUAUAAUUGUCUUAGUAUGUAAAUGAAAUGUAAAUGAAAACACUCUAGCUAAUUUAAUGAUUGUAAAACAGUAAAUAUGUUCUUGUAGUUUUGUAUAAUUAACUAGUUGAGAUCUUUGGCCAGUUUUAUUUGUGCAAAAGAUGGUAUCCUAACCAGUUAAACAGCUAAGAUCAUUUAUAUUCUUGCACAUCUAUUAAAGACUUUAAUGAAAAUGUUCUGACUGUUUCACUAAGCAAAAAUAAUGUAAUUUACUUUCUUCAGAUGGAAUUACAAUGUUCUACUAAUGUGUUCGGUUCCAUACAUUCCACGUACCAAAUGGAUUUGUUGCAUUUGAUCUCUUCAAAAAAGAACUCUGUUAUCACAAAAACACAGUUCAAAUUUGAACUCUUUGUUACUUUACAAGAACCUGUAUCUGCAACUGUGCAAAGGUGGCUAAGUUCAGUCUGCUUGAAGUUCCAGCUGUUGGUGCACUUGUGUUCAUUUUGCUAUAUUUUAAAAUUGUUUGACUAUCUGAAUGAAGUGCACAUUAAAGAACAUGAGAGCAUUUUGCAUAAACACAAGAAAAUUACGGUACAGUAUUUCCAAAUGUUUAUUUAAAGCUCUUCCUGACAAUUCAAUACACUUGCCCUAUUUCAUUUCCAACAAGCUGAUCAUAUGGAACUCCAUUCCUCCAGUUACUGAAAUACAUUAAAAAAAACCCCUCUCUUUCCUUUGCUGGAUUUUAUGGAAUACUCCAUGGAAAUUUUCUUUUAGAUAGGAAUUCUUCAGCAGUACUUUAAUUACACAGGCCUAUAUAAUCAAAUACCAGUCUAGAUUUCACUAUAUAUUGUGUUAGAAUUAUAAUGUAUCCUUUGAGUCUAGGAAGAAUAGCUAAAGAAUAAUGAAACUUUAAGACCUGCUUCAAGAGUUUUUUGUAGCUUUUUUGCAAAUGCCAUUACUCAUUGCCUGUUUAUAUUAUUCAUUUAUUCUUGGUUAUCAAAUCCCAUCAUCUUUGCUUAGCAAAACGACUAUCAAGAUCCAGUUUGGAGUAUCUAUGAAUCGGAAACAAUUAACGUAAUUUGACCUGCAGAUAAAACCAGUACGUACCAAUACAAAAAUCUAUUAUAUGUCUAGGUAACCACUAAUUCUCUGCCAUGUUCUUCACCUAGUUUAAUACCUAAAAGAAAAAUCCUUACUGUGAUGUCUCAUUAAAUUUUUAACGGAGCCAAAUGGAGUUGCAUAAUUUCUGAAUAUGUUGUUGGCUAUAAAACCUUGGUUAAUUAUUUUUUUACCUAGUUUCUAACCAUUAAUAUUACAAAAAUUUGAGUGUUUCAAUUUAUUCCUUUGCAAAGAUUAUCCAAGAAUGUGAGUCAGCUCCUCCUGCUGCUUUUGAAGCUGGCGCUUAAUGUCAAUCUAUUAUUUAUAUAAAUUAUUUCCAGGUUUUUCUUUUCUAUUUAUCUGGUUGAUGAUUCAUUCACAUUUAUAUAUGGAGGGAUAGCUUUGGACUUCACAUUUAAAUGAGGGGAAAAAACCCAGUCAGUGGGUACAUGGACAUGUUUUCAUGGUCUUGAAAAGCUCCCAAUGUUAUAAAAUAAUUCCCAAGACGUUUCAGUAUUGGGUGCCUUUGUCAGGGGAAAUCACUGAUUUUCUAUUUACUAUGUUGUUUAACACCCUAGCAUGAGCAGUGGUCACUCAAUUAUAGUAUUAAUUCCUCUUUUAUGUCUGCCCCCCUCCCCAAAUUUAUUGAUGAUGCACAUAGCUCCCAUUUCUUUCUUAAAAUCAGAUUACGCUGAAAGAUUAACUUCCGUAACAUUGGACGACUUGGACUUGCCACUCCGAUCCGCUUGGCCGCUGAUGGGAGAAACAGCAGGUGUCUCUUGUGGAGAUAACACAGAUGAGGCCUUGUUAAUUAAAGUAAUCUUGUAUCAUCCAACUGUUGAUGGGCUACCUUUCAUUUUUUUCUUCUAGCGGUUCUUUCACUCUGCAUAGGAGUUCUUUUCCAUAACUUUGAAACUCAAACUUUUUGGGAUAGUUCAGAACAUCUGUUAGUGAAGAAUGUCUCGUGGGC